AAGAGUAUCUGUUAGAGAUGACGAAGAUAUCUCUAAUGUGGCUUCUUUUGAUCGUUUACUUCCUGCAAUUGUGCGCAGGGCAGGACUUGAAAACACAGUAUUUAAGUCCUCACAACGAUGCGAGGUCUCAAGUGGGCGUGGGCCCUCUGGUGUGGGACGAUACUGUGGCUGCCUACGCGCAGAACUAUGCUAAUCAACGCAUGGCGGACUGUGCGAUGCAACAUUCAGGCGGUCAGUAUGGAGAAAACCUUUUCGGAGGACAAGGUGCGGAAUUUACACCUGCAGAUGCCGUGAGAUCAUGGGUUAACGAAAAGAAAUAUUACGAUUAUAAUUCCAAUUCAUGUGCUCAAGGGAAAGUGUGCGGACAUUAUACUCAAGUGGUGUGGAAAAAUUCGCAGAAGCUUGGCUGUGCUCGUGUUAAAUGUAAUAAUGGAGGUAUUUUCAUUACCUGCAAUUACGAUCCGCCUGGGAAUUACGUAGGCCAGAAGCCCUACUGAUUCCAUGUCUGUUGUCUUUCAGUAAAUCGUGCGUAUCCUGUAUUAUCACCCAUGUAGUAUUCCUCUCUAGAUCCGAUAAGUGAUAUUGACCUCUGACGCAAAGUUGGUCACUGAAUAAAGUCUAUCUUGUGUUCCUUACUGAU